AUGGUGUCUGAAAAGGAGAAAUGGAUCAAUGACACAACUGUGAUGCAAGCAGAAAACUCAGUUGAAAAUGAUGUGUUAUUAGAAGACAAUGAAGAAGAAUUUGCAGUUGACACAGGGUCGCAUGAUAUUGAUCAUACUCCAUUGAAAUACAAAAGUCUUACAGAGGUAUAUGAGAGAUGUAAUAUAUGUAUCAUUGAACUAGAAACUUUUGAAGAAGCUAUCAAAGAUGCAUCAUGGAAAAAGGCCAUGGAAACUGAGCUUGAGAUGAUUGAGAAGAAUGAUACUUGGGAAUUGGUAAAAAUGCCAUCUGAAAUAGUUGGAGUCAAAUGGAUCUAUAAAGUCAAGCUAAAUCUUGAUGGGUCAGUUCAGAAAAACAAAGCAAGACUAGUAGCUAAAGGUUACACUCAAAAGCCUGGAAUAGACUUCAACAAGACCUUUGGACCAGUUGCUCGACUUGAUAUAGUUAGAACAUUAAUUGCUUUAGCUACUCAGAGAAGGUGGAAGCUGUUCCAGUUAGAUGUGAAGUCGGCAUUCUUAAAUGGAGUGCUACAUGAGGAAGUGUAUGUGAAUCAACCUCUAGGAUUUGAGAUUAAAGACAAGGAAGAUAGAGUUUAUAUACUCAAGAAGGCCUUGUAUGGUCUUAAACAAGCUCCAAGAGCUUGGUAUGAAGAAAUCAACUCAUAUUUCAUAGCUGCAGGAUUUUAG